UGCAGCCAAUCAGCGCGGAGCGGACAGUUCCCCGGUGCUGACGACCUUCAGGACUGUGGAAUAAAAAUGCCCGGAGGAGACAACAAGUGUUUGCUGGAGAGGGGCCCCGAGAGGCGGACGGGAGAGCCCGGGAGCGGCCCUGCAGAGCCAUAGAGCAGAACUGCAGAGCAAUAGAUAUAGUGCAGAGAUAGAGAUCAGAACUGCAGAGCAAUAGAUAUAGUGCAGAGAUAGAGAUCAGAACUGCAGAGCAAUAGAUAUAGUGCAGAGAUAGAGAGCAGAACUGCAGAGCAAUAGAUAGAGCAGAGCUAUACAGUAACACAAAGCAGAGCAAAACAUAUAGAGCAGAACUGCAGAGCAAUACAUACACACAGUGCAGAGCCAUACAGUCCAUUCAGUGACACAGUGCAGAGCCAUUCAGUGACACAGUGCAGAGCCACAGUCCAUUCAGUGACACAGUGCAGAGCCAUACAGUCCAUUCAGUGACACAGUGCAGAGCCAUACAGUCCAUUCAGUGACACAGUGCAGAGCCAUUCAGUGACACAGUGCAGAGCCACAGUCCAUUCAGUGACACAGUGCAGAGCCAUUCAGUGACACAGUGCAGAGCCAUUCAGUGACACAGUGCAGAGCCAUACAGUCCAUUCAGUGACACAGUGCAGAGCCAUUCAGUGACACAGUGCAGAGCCAUACAGUCCAUUCAGUGACACAGUGCAGAGCCAUUCAGUGACACAGUGCAGAGCUCUAGCUCCCAGGUGCUGGCGCAGCCAUAGACCAGCUGCAGAACCACAAGUCAGAGAUCUGCAAUGACGGCGCAAGGAUCCUGAGGUGAGAGCAAGGAGAGAGGUACAGCUGGUACAAAGGGAGACUCUGGACCUGCUAAUGCCAAGAUGCCUGGCACGACUCAAUGGGAACCCCGCUCGCCGGAGUACCAGUCUCAGAAGCAAUGCAACAAGACCUCAUUUGCCUUCUACCAGGCGGUGCGGGACCUGUACCCAGUGUGGGUCCUGGAGGACAUGCGGCUCAUGGACGUGUUGCACUGGGAGGAAGGGGGCAUAGUCAGCUCGUACACACCCUCCGAGGCCCUGCUUUACGCCCUGGUACACGAUCACCUGCCUUACGCCCGCUACCUGCUCACACACUUCCCCAACGACGCCCUGGCCGUGCCAAGCAAGAGCUUCGGCUGCUGCCAGUCGGGAGCUCCUCACCUCAGCAUGGCGGUGCGCUACAACCGGCUGCAGAUCCUGCAGGAGAUCCUGCGCACCCUCCGGACAUUGCCUUCCAAAAGCCGGACUGCCUACGUCAACCAGCGGGGGUGCCAGCGGGUGGAGGGCGGCAAGACCCCUCUGCACCUCGCUUGUGAACUGCAGCGGGUCGAAUGUCUCACUUUGUUGCUGGGGCACGGAGCCUGCCCGUACGUUAAGGACUGCGAAGGCAAAACCCCUCUAGACCUCCUGCUGCAACUAAUCCGGGACAGUCCGCAGGAUAUGCGCCUUAAGAGGCAGUGCCUGGACACUGUGCUCCUGUACAUGCCGGGAGGGGUGCCCUUCUGCACCAGGCAGCGGCUCCGGGAGGAGGAGGGCACACCCUGGCAGGAGUUGCUGGGGCAGGACUUAUACAGAUGGCUAGCUGGCACCACUCCCUGUACCCUGUUUACUAUGUCUAUGCAGACGCUGCUCAGAGCCCUCCCUGCUGACAGGUUCCCGGAGGCCCUAGAGGAGAUUUCCCUCCCGGACUUCUUAAGACCCCUCGCCUUACAGAAGCAAUUCCUGAAAUAGAACCAUGUAUACUUAGGAGGGGGGUGGGUAUCCCAGCUCCCCCUGCGUGUAGCUUGCAUGUCCCAUGCCUAUAGAGCAGUGUUUCCCAACCAGGGUGCCUCCAGCUGUUGCAAAAGCACAACUCCCAGCAUGCUGGGACUUGUAGUUUUGCAACAGCUGCAGGCACCCUGGUUGGGAAACACUGCUCUAUAGGGAGACAUACACUUUACAAACAACUUCUCCCAUGUUCAUUGCCGUCAGCUCACAGUGACUUAUGACUUAACAGAUGCCCGGCUUAGCACUGGGGCGGUAUUAUAUCUUAAAGAGGAUAUCUAGGAAUAGAAAAAAAAAACUAAGCUACUUUCUUACAAAAACAGCACCACACCUCUCCUCAGGUUGGGUGUGGUAUUGCAACUUGGCGCCAUUCAUUUCAAUGGAACAGAGCUGCAAUACCACAUGCAACCUGAGAACAGGGGUGGCGCUGUUUUUGAAGGAGAGAAGCUCUGACCACAUUUCCACAUCUGUAGGUGCCUCCUGCUCUAAGCCUAACAUUGAUUAAACUACGGGGCAGCAAUGGGAUCAAUUGUCUAUGACAGUGUUUCCCAACCUGGGUGCCUCCAGCUGUUGCAAAACUACAACUCCCAGCAAGCACUGACAGGCUUAAGGCAUGCUGGGAGUUGUAGUUUUGCAACAACUGGAGGCAGUCUGGUGUGGAAACACUGGUCUGAUAUCCAUGUCCUGUGUCUCAGAGUUUCACCCCCAUGCUUUAUACUGCAGCUCUGCUUGUUCUGUCAGGCUGCUGUAUAUUCAUUUAAAGGGAUAUUUCAGUCUUAUGGCAUAGCACUAGUGAUGCAAAUUUGGUUGUGCAUAAAACAGAAGGGUCGGUUUCACAGUAGCGGAAUAUGUAUGUAUUUUCAUGGCUGCGUUACGGGCGCAAGGUCAUCCAUCCUGCGGUCAGGACGAGAUUGCGGCUGUAAAAUGGCGCAAAAAAAAAAAAUGCAUCUAUAUUACGGUUAAUGUGAGUCCAUAUAUAUCCAGGAUUACAAAAAAAUAAAUAAAAAUAGCUGAUUCUUCCCAAAAAACAGCGCCACCCCUGUCCUCAGGUUGUGUAUGGUAUUACAACUCGGUUCCAUUCACUUCAAUAGGAACUAAGCUGCAAUACCACACACGACCUGAGGACAGGGGGUGGUGCUUUUUCUGGAAGAAAUCAGCUCUGUUUUAACCUCUUUAAAAGGGUGUUCUUUUAGUUAGCAUUUUAUGUUGCUCCCAACCCUCACGGAUUUUUAUAUAGCUUUUUUCGACAGUCCAAAAAUUCUGAAUAUUUCGUAGAAUAAAAGAUAUUUUAUUGCACAAUUUUACCUUUGAGGAGACGCAUAACCCCCAUACAUCAGAAUGUAGUCCUCACGAGGACUUGUAGCUUUUUUUUUCAAUAUAUGAUUGUUGCAUCAUUUGCACUUCAGUGUUUUUUUUUUGUUUUUUUUUAAACCCUUUUAUUAUUAUAGUUUUAUGUUCAUUUUAUACAAUAUCAAGGACUAAGCUAACUGGGAGUACUGGUAUUGGACUGGUACAUUGGAUUUGGUGGACAGGGAUGGCGCCCCUAUAACCUUGACGGACCCCUCCCAGCCAUGCACAUCUCAGGGUCUAGGACAGUGUUUCCCAACCAGUGUGCCUCCAGC